AUGACGGUGCACCCGUCCGGCGCGAUAUCCUCUCCCUUCUGUGCAAACUUCGCGUUAAAAACGACCGUGAAUAAAUUUGGUCAGCGUUUAGAAACCUCGGUGGGCUCCUGUGCUGAACAUUACUUUUAUGUGGACGACUUCCUGGGAUCCUUCGAUAGUAUCAAAGAAGCAGUUCGACACAUUAGGGACUUAUCCAAGCUACUGCACAUAGGAGGGUUCAUGUUGACCAGUCGUCAAGCAAUCGGUUGCAUCCCGGUUGAUGAGCGGUCACUGAGUUUCCGUGACUUGUAUGGGAGUCCGUUAACAACUGACAGGGCACUUGGUGUGCAAUGGGAUUCAGAGAAAGAUGAGUUUUUGUUCCAAAUCCAGCUACCCGAAAAGACGGCGACUCGUAGAGAAAUUCUGUUUUCGUUGGCAAGCCUUUACGAUCCAAUGAGUUUCGUCGCACCGUGGCUACUGCCGGGCACGAUUCUGCUGCUGUACCUGUGUAGAAAAAAGAUUACUUGGGAUGAGCCCUAUGUGAAGCGGAUCACAAGAACUGGCAAGGCUGGUGGAUGA